AUGAGCAGCUCUCCCCCACCCGCGGGUGGCAACCCCGACGACAAGCUGGAGCUGGUGACGGUCGAAGAGCAGGAGGAGUUCCUGCAAGUACUGAAGCAGCUGAACCUGGCAACGUCGCAGCAGGCGCCACCUGACCGCAACGCCUUGGCGGCGGAGAAGGAUUUCAAGUUCUGGAAGACGCAGCCCGUGCCGGCCUUGGACGAGUUCCCUCGUGAACACGGGGCUAUCGAUCCCCCCAAGAGCGUAAGCGAUGUGCGCCAGGAGCCGUUCAAUAUGCCUCCGGGUUUCGUGUGGAGCGAGAUCGAUCUGACCCAGCAGAACGAGGCCCAGGAGGUCUACGACCUGCUCACACACAACUACGUCGAGGACGACGACAACAUGUUUCGCUUUGACUACUCCAUUGACUUCCUCAUGUGGGCUCUCACCCCUCCUGGCUUCCACAAGGACUGGCACGUGGGUGUGCGCAACCAAAAGACCAACAAACUCAUGGCCUUUAUCAGUGGCAUCCCCGUCAAGACGCGUGUGUAUAAGGAGACGAUGGCUAUGGCCGAGAUUAAUUUCCUCUGUGUGCACAAGAAACUGCGUACCAAGAGACUCGCGCCUGUGCUCAUCAAGGAGAUCACGCGUCGUGUCAACCUCCGAGACAUAUGGCAGGCUGUGUAUACGGCUGGAGUGGUGCUGCCCAUGCCUGUGGCUCAAUGUCGCUACUUCCACCGCUCGCUCAACCCCAAGAAACUCAUUGAAGUUGGUUUCUCGAGACUGGCGCCCAGGAUGACCAUGACGCGCACCAUCAAGAUGUUCAAACUGCCAGAGACCACGUCGGUGCCUGGUUUCCGACCCAUGCAGAAGAAGGAUGUGGCUCAGGUCACGGCGCUGCUCAAGACGUAUCUGGCUAAGUUCGAUCUUGUCCAGCAGUACGACCAGAAUGACGUGGCCCACUGGAUGUUGCCUCGCCAAGGCGUGAUCAACGCGUACGUGGUGGAGAACCCCGAGACCCACAAGAUCACGGACUUUACAAGCUUCUACCACCUGCCGUCGACUGUCAUUGGUCACGACAAGCACAACAAGCUUAACGCGGCGUACUCGUUUUACAACGUGGCCACGUCGGUGCCGCUCACGGAGCUCAUGAACGACACGCUGAUCAUGGCCAGGAAGGAGGACUUCGACGUCUUCAAUGCGCUCAGCCUCAUGGACAACAUGGAGUUCCUCAAGGAGCUCAAGUUUGGCCCUGGAGAUGGUGACCUCAUGUACUAUCUGUACAACUGGCGCUGCCCGCGGAUGGAAGGCAACAAGGUCGGCAUCGUUCUGUGCUAGACAGCUGAGCCAGUUCGAGGAGGUAUUGUUCCGCUGGAAACGUUGCAAAGACACAGCACAGCAACUCCAAGCACUCAAGAGGGUGUGAGCCGGAGACGGAAAGAUGACGAAGGGCGAAUACUGACGAGAAACUUGUACGGAGGAUCCAUUUGCUACAGCUCCGUGUUGGGUGAGUGCGUAGGUUGAUAGAAAAAGGAACGACAGACUGCAGUAGGUAUAAACCAGGGAUCGCUGGGAAACGUUCGCGCAACACAGGAGAUUAUACUGCCGUCAGUGGGCAGGUCUUGUACCAAAA